AUGCUUUUGAGACGCUUUCUUUCGUUUUCAACAACUCUCAAUCCGUCUCGUCUCUCCGUUUGUCCUCAUCAUUUGUCUGUUCUUUUGCUUACAACACCUUCUCAACUCUCCAACUCUAUUGAGCAUGCUUCCGUUAUUGUUAAAUCUACCUCUACAACUGCUGUGGUUGCUUGUAUAGACACUAUUCUAGGCCAUAGAAAUGCUGUUUCCCAGCUCUGGUUUCGCAAUCCUAUCCAGAUCUCUUCUUAUCUCCCGUUACCCGAGGAUAUUGAUAAUAAUAGAGGACUCAAGAGCUCUUUCAGCGACGCUGCGCCCGUUCAACUGGAUAAGAACUGGAAAGAUACCUCCAAAAGCACCCAGCUGUUGAUUGGAUUUGGUAGCCAUUCCAUCCAAGUUAAUCUAGCAAACACCUUGUUUAGUAACGGCGAACAAUCUACCUGUUUUUUCAUCCAGCCGAAUAAUCAUCCAGGCAAUUGGAUCAAUUUGGCCGAGAUAUCCAUACAAUUACCCAUGGAUGAACAUGCAGAUGAAGAUUAUUCCAUUACCAAUCUUAAUAAACUUAAGGAGUUGGCCUUUGAAGACACCAACAACCCUACAGCUUCGCUGUACCAAAUCUCAUCAUAUACUUCAAACAUGAUAGAGACCAUCAACGAUCGACCUGCUGCUGAUUAUCUCAUCAACAAUAGAAAGAUCCAAAAGACCAAAAAGGAAUUGUAUCUCCAGUUGAUAAAUCAGACACAGCCAGAAAAGGCAAGGCCAUUUUCGUCACUGAAACGCUCGCCUAACAAUGACAUGUAUCAACUCGUUGUAGGGGGGCUUGGCUGGGGUGAAAAACAGGGCAUGAUAGUCUUGGACCCUGCAGUCGGCGAAGUAGGGCAUCGUUACUGUCGUCUCUACCAAUAUGAUCCCAGUAAGUCAAUUCAGCAAGUUAAGUCUACUGAAGGCCAGGUCAAAUUACGAGUGCAGUGCAGCGAGCCCGAGUCCGGAUAUCAUGAUUAUGAUCAGCAGGACAGCCCAGUACCUAUUGACGGUGUUGCUGGUUUGGGGAGCGAAUCUGGGUUUCUAAUGGAUGGUGUUUGGCAUAAAUGUAGGGGAGAAGUUAAUGAGGUGGCUAUAAAGCAGAACAAUAAAGACUAG